AUCUGAUGUCAAAGAAUAUAAUUGAGAGAAAGCCUAACUAUGAGCAGGAGGAGUUGAAGAAACAGUAUUACGGAGAACAGGACAAGCAGGCAGCAGAACAUACCUUGUACAACCAAUAUGAGGAAAAGAUUCGACCCUGCAUUGAUCUCAUCGACAGCCUAAGAGCUCUUGGAAUAGAAAAAGACCUGGCUUUGCCUGCAAUCGCAGUGAUAGGAGACCAGAGCUCUGGGAAAAGCUCUGUCCUAGAAGCCCUGUCUGGUAUUGCUCUUCCUAGGGGCAAUGGUAUUGUUACUCGAUGUCCCUUGGAACUUAAACUGAAAAGGAUAACCGCUACCCAGGCAUGGAAAGGGAAAAUUUGUUACCGGCAACAUCAGCUCGAGCUGCAGAAUGCCUCUGAGGUGGAGAAAGCAAUAAGAGAAGCCCAGGAUAUUGUGGCUGGUACUAGAGGUGCCAUUAGUGGAGAACUAAUUUCCCUAGAAAUUUGGUCCCCAGAUGUCCCAGAUCUGACACUAAUUGAUCUUCCUGGAAUUGCCAGAGUGGCUGUGGGGAAUCAGCCAAAAGACAUUGGGGAACAGAUCAAAAUGCUACUUAAAAAAAUUAUUGGCUGCAAAGAGACACUCAACUUGGUAGUGGUGCCAUGUAAUGUGGACAUUGCAACAACAGAAGCACUGAAAAUGGCUCAGGAGGUGGACCCCAGCGGAGAAAGGACACUAGGGAUCCUCACAAAACCCGACCUGGUGGACAGAGGAACCGAAGAGUCUAUCAUUAACAUAAUACGAAACCUGAUCAUCCCCCUCAAAAAGGGUUAUAUGAUCGUGAAGUGUCGUGGGCAGCAGGACAUCCACAAUAAACUGGCCUUGGCCGCUGCAAUCCAGCAAGAGAGAAAAUUCUUUGAGACUCAUGAACAUUUCAGCAUUCUUUUGGAAGAAGGAAAGGCUACUGUCCCUCAUCUGGCAGAGAAGCUCACAAAUGAACUUGUGAGACAUAUUAUUAAAACUUUGCCAACACUAGAGAACCAGAUACGUGAGGUGCUCCAAAAAACGUUACAGGAGCUACAAAAGUAUAGAAGAGGCACACCCAGAACAGAGUCUGAGAAGCUGAUUUUCCUCACAGAUUUGAUCAAACUCUUUAAUGAAGACAUCUCUCAGGCAAUGCGUGGAGAGGAACGGUUGUUUGGAAAUGAAAUCAGACUGUUUACAAAAAUCCGCAGGGAGUUUCGAACAUGGGAAGUGAUUCUCCUAGAGUGUGCUGCAAAGGUCAAAAAAAAUGUACCCAGUAAGGUGUGGAAGUAUGAAGACCAGUAUCGUGGACGGGAGUUACCAGGCUUUACCAAUUACAGGACAUUUGAGGACAUUGUAAAAGAGCAAAUCAUGGAACUGGAGGAGCCGGCUGUUGAGAUACUGAACAAUGUGAUCGGACUGGUUGAAGAGAAAUUUAUGGAAGACACUAAAAGGCAUUUUUCUAAUUUUCACAAUCUAAACAGAGCUGCUAAGACCAGAAUUGAAGACAUUAGAGAAAAACAAGCAGCAGAGGCUGAAAGACGUAUCCGGACCCAGUUUAAAAUGGAGAGAAUUGUAUACUGCCAGGAUGACCUUUACAUUAACGAUUUAAAUUCUGUUAAGAUAGAAAACGCUACCAAGGUUGGCAACGGGAAAGAGUUGCAGGUUGGAUCUGUUUCAAAUCAAGAGCCCUCCUUUGUCCAGGAAAUGGUUUCUCACACGAAGGCCUAUUUCAAUGGAGCAAGUAAACGCCUCUCCAGUCAGAUACCUCUGAUCAUCCUGUCUUCUGCUGUUCAUGACUUCGGGGAUAACUUACAGACCGCAAUGUUGCAUCUUUUGCAAGAAAGAGAGAAGUUAAGCCAUUUCCUUCAGGAGGACAGUGAAGCUGCUAAACAUAGGAGCUACCUCAGUCAACGAGUUAAUCGUCUCACCAAAGCCUGCCAGUACCUGAGAGAAUUCUCCUCACUGUAG